AUGACUUCCACCACCAAACGCUCCACCACCAAAAGCCAAGCCACGCCUGAGUCUCAGACUCAAUUUCUCUACCUAAUACUCAAGCAACUUGAUCUCAAGACGGUCAACUGGCAAGAAGUAGCAGACGGUAUUGGCAUCAAGAAUGGUCACGCAGCACGUAUGCGCUGGAGUCGCUUCAAGGCCCAGACAGAGGGUCUUCCAACGCAAAACACGAAGAAGAAGAAGAAAGACAGUGAGAAGAACAGCGGCAAGGAGAGCAGCAAGCGCGCUAAUGGAAUGGGAGGUGGUCUGCAGGAGGCAAUGAUGGACGAGCGUGACGAAAAGAGGGUCAAGAUGGAACACGGCUACUCAGGCGGGCCAAUCCCCUACCCUCCGUCUUGGGGUGGCUGUUCAGGCAUGCCGCCUUUCAUGGGUCUUCCUCACAUGAUCAAGCAUGAGCCAGAUGCUCACAUCAAGAUGGAGUCUGGUGGUGAGAUGUUUUUUGCUCAUCAACCCUUUGGUCCAUGGGUAGGGCCGCCACCUCCCAUGCCGGGCCAGAUGAUGCCUCCUCCCUCAAUGAGCGCGAACAUCACACCUGCAGACAUCUUUGCAACGAAUGGGCACGCAAGCAAUACCGAUCCAGAUGAUCUGCCGAUCAAGCACGGGCAGCUGGGAGUUCCAGCGACGUUAUCAAUGGCCGACCUGCAAAUGCCAAGAGCUUCUGUCUGCCUAACCAACCCAGCCGAAAUGUCUGUCGAAGCUACAGCGAGCCCAAAUAUCGCUCAGACAGCGGAAAUUCCUGCAAACACACUCUUCCAUGCCAUCGGUCCGUCGCAAGAAAAGCCAGCGUCCACCAACCAGAAGCGGCACUCUCCGUCGCUGCAUUCCAUCCCUCUCCACCAACCCGGCCCCGACUCUCCUCCCUCCUCCACCUCCGACGAUGCCAACCAAGCCACCUCUUCGCAACAGCAGAAGCAAAACUCCCCACCACCCUCCUACGAAGCGAGCCAACACCCCAACCCUCAACAACAACAACAACAACAACAGCCUCAUUCCUUCUCCGCCCAGCAAUUCAGCCUGCCCUACAACUUCCCCACCAUGCCCAUGCAGCAGCGCCCGUCCUACACGUAUCCGCCAAACAUGCCAAUGUCCAUGUCCGGCCCCAUGUCCAUGCCAAUGAACAUGAGCAUGAACUCAACCUUCCCCCAAUCCUACGGCUAUCCCGACCCAGCCAGCCAGCACACCAUGCACCCCUACCCCCCACCUACAUAUCCUGGCACCGCGCCCUUCGAUCCUUCUGGCGGCAUGCAGCCGAUGCAGAUGCAGCAGAUGCAUGGCUUCGCCGGCUUCGGCGCACCGUUCUCCGGGGUAUCGCCGCAUCAGCUUCAGCUUCAGCUUCAGCACCCGCAGCAGAUGACGCCUGUCGGCCCAGUAGUGCCGCCCUUUGAUGGUUUCGCGGCUGAGAUGGAGGUCGAUCAGCCUGCUUUCGCUGCUGUUGGUGGUAGUGAUAGUGGUGGUGGUGGUGCGGGGAACCCUGCUGGAGCGAUUGAGGCUGAGGCUACGUCUUCGGCUGCCGCUGCGGCUCCAAAUCCUGCUGCUGCUGCUGCUGCUUCUGCUCCUGGUCCUGGGGGAGGCACGUUGUGGGAGGGUGGGUUGGGCGUCGGGGGCAAGAAACCGAUUGGUGGGACGGCGGCGGAGGGGGAGGAGAGGGAGAAGCAGGAACAGGAACAGAGCGGGGAUCAGGGGGCGCAGGUUGCUGGAAGGGAGGCGCAGGGUGGAAGUGCGAAUGGGAGUGGCGAGGAGGUGGUUGGUGGUUCGGUGCCGCCGCAGCCGCAGUUUGUGGUGAUGAAGGAGACGGGAGAGGAGGUGGGGUUGAAGGAGGGUGCGAGUUGUGUGGCUGAGUGA